CAGCCGCGGCAGAGAGGAGAAAAUUCAGGAGAACUCGCCUCGGGGCGAGCGCAGCCGGGCUGGGCCGUGUAGUCAAUGUGGGACAUCAACAAACCCAGAUAACAGGAAAUGAUCCAUUCUCUGUGGUCACUCAGGCUAGGGGCCCCAACCUGCAAAGUUCAAGGAGGGAAAUGGAUGACUCCACCGGGGAGCAGUCCCGCCUUUCUUGCCCUCAGACCAGAGAAGAAAUGAAACUGAAGGAGGGAGGCUCCGUCCUGCCCCAGGAGGAAAGCCCCUCCGGCCGGUGCUCCAAAGAUGGAAAGCUGCUGGCCGUGACCCUGCUGCUCGCCGCCUCGUCCAGCUGCCUCACGGUGCUGGCUUUCUGCUGGGUGGCGUCCCUGCAAGCGGAGCUGGGCAGCCUGCGGGCGGAGCUGCGGGGGCGGCCGGGCGCCCCCCAGGCCGGAGCCGCGGCCCCGCGGGAGGCUCCCGGCGUCACCCCCGCCCUGAAACAGCGGAUCUUUGCACCCCCAGCUCCGGGAGAAAGCAAUUCCAGCCAGAGCGGCAGGAGUAAGCGUGCCCUGCAGGAGGCAGAAGAAACAGUCACUCAAGACUGCUUGCAGCUGAUUGCAGACAGUGACACACCUACUAUACGAAAAGGAGCAUACACCUUUGUUCCUUGGCUUCUCAGCUUUAAAAGAGGAAGAGCCCUAGAAGAAAAAGAGAAUAAAAUUUUGGUCAAAGAGACAGGCUACUUCUUUAUCUACGGUCAGGUUUUAUACACCGAUAACACCUUUGCCAUGGGACACCUAAUACAGAGGAAAAAAGUCCAUGUCUUUGGGGACGAACUGAGUCUGGUGACUUUGUUUCGAUGUAUUCAAAACAUGCCUGAAACACUACCCAAUAAUUCCUGUUACUCAGCUGGCAUCGCGAAGCUGGAGGAAGGAGAUGAACUCCAACUGGCAAUACCCCGGGAAGAUGCUAAGAUAUCCCGAGAUGGAGAUGGCACGUUUUUCGGAGCCCUGAAGCUUCUGUGACCUGCUCACACCUUGUGUGUGGCUCUUUUCUUCCCUUCUCUGUGCCUCUAAAAGAGAAAGCACUUAACUGGAAAUACCAAAAGGGAAAAACAAAAUAAUUACCAUAGCCUUUUCUGGGAGCUAUUUGUUUUGGUUUGCUGCAACUCAACCAAAACAGGAAAUUUAACAGACAACCACAGCCAAAGGGUGUCAUGUGAAUUACGAGAACUAGAGCCUAUUUACGGAAAAAUAGAAUUAGAAAGACUUACACUAUAAUGCCACGUUGGACAACUUAGUGCUUACCGCCUUGGAAGAAGCACAGGAUUCAAGGGGGCGGUAAUCGUUUCUUCCAGAAUGAUAUUCCACUGUUUACUGUGCAACAGAGCCUGUGACAUUUGGGGGGAAAUCUCAGGAUUUAUCCUCUAUUUUUAUGUUAAAUACCCUGUCUUUUUCUUCUAUUAAUACUGAGGAAAUGGAGGGGAAAAAAAAGGUAGAGAAAUCUUGCAUUCUAUACAUGAAAAAGUAACUAAAAGUUUAAAUUUAAAUAUUGUAUUAGAUAAUCGGACUCAAAAUAGGAUACUGUUACUAUUUAAGUCAUUUAGGUUUAUUUCGAGUUUGCAGUUUUAGCUCUAAUAUUAUGUAUUACCCGCUGAAACACUCUGUGACAUAUUUCACAGAAGGGAAAUCAUUCUCUCGUGUGUCUACACUUCAGAGUAUUUUUUACAGCUAAUUUCAGUUACUUCGGAAACUUUUAAUAUAAUUUCAACUCAUGCAUAUAAAUGUUCAUUGCAAAAAGUAACCAUCAUUGUUUUUACAUAAAAAUAAAAUCUGCCAUAGAAGUUAAUAAACACAUUUGUAAUGAUGUAAUAUCAUUUCCCUUUAUUUCCUAUUCUUCUGUUUUAAACUGCUGCUAUUGUAGUUCACAUAUCCCAGCCUUUAAAAAAUACUCACGUUAAUAGCUUUUCAGAAGUUGAGGACUGAUUAAAGUUCCGGGCAUCCUGAGCAGGGUGUAUGCCAUGCGCUUGUUCUAAAGGUUGUUGUUGUUGUUAUUGUUCGGUCACUGAGUUGUGUCUGACUCUUUGCGACCCCAUUAUCACGUGCCAGAAGACAAUGUCCUGAUUUUCAUUUUAUAAAGAACCAUUUUUGAGAAUAUCAUACUACUUAUCUUUUAUAAUAUCACUUGUUUCACUUUUUAAAAUGUCAUCAGUUUACACCGUUUACUUCAUCGUUUAAACAGAUGGAAAAACAGACCCUCGUCUGCACGAGUGUUCCCCAGUCUACAUUACAAUAUUUUUAAAGGUAUUUUUUCAAAACAAAUGUUUGUAUUUUGUGUCUAAAAUUAACCUUUGUUCAACACUCUGAUUCCUAUAGUUUCAGCUUUUGGGUUAAAAUAAAACAUGUUCUGAAUUUAUUUGUUUUACAAUAUGAUAAUGAAAAAAGUGAUAGGCGGGGUAGAAGCUUCGACACUAGAAGGAAGUCAGAGGUGUUCUCAGUGUUGCUGCGCACGUCAGAGCCUUUGCCUCGUUUUUGAAUUGUUCGUCUUACACCAUCCAUCUUUUGGUUUCUCUCUGUAACACUGAACGUUGUCAUAAAAAUUAGGUACACAAAGUGAAUGAUAUUCAAUAUCCUGUGGUAAACCAUAAUGGAAAAGAGUAUGGAAAAAAAUGUAUAUAUGUGUACAAUUGAGUCCCUCUGCUGUAUAGAAAUUAACACACUGUUGUAAAUCAAUUAUACUUCAAUUAAAAAAGACUAAAAUGAUAAAAUUAGGUGCGUAAAUGAUAAAACAUUAUAAAUUAGUGUGUGUAUGUGUCUUAGUUUGUGAUGUAAAGUAUCUGAAGUCAUAAAUAUGUCUUUUUAUUUCAAAAAGAAUUUGUUUACUUCAAUACUAUAUAUGUGAAGUUAUACAUCAAAUAUUUCUUAGGACUUGGGUUAAAUAAGGGUUUCCUAGGUGAAGCUAAUGGUAAAGGACCCUCUUGCUGAUGCAGGAAAUGUAAGAAACACAGGUUUGAUCCCUGGGUGGGGAAGAUCCCCUGGAGGAGGGCAUGGCAACCCACUCCAGUAUUCUUGCCUGGAGAAUCCCAUGGGCAGAGGAGCCUGGCAGGCCACAGUCCAUAGGGUUGUAGAGCUGGACACAACUGAAGCGACUUAACUGAAGCACGCACAGGUUAGCUACAGAUAAUACUAUAAUGAUAGGCUUGGGCUGUAAGCUUUUGUAAUCUACAGCUUGCAGCAUUUUGCUUUUUAAAUGACUUAGCAUAUUUUGUCAGCAGAUGUGGAAUUCAGCCACAUAAAAUAGUUUUCAAUGUUACUUCACUUUCCACUCAACCCAGCAUUAAAAUGUGACUCUUAUCUUCCUUGUAAGUGAAAUUGUGAGGAAAAUCAGACAUUGGUUGAAUUAAAGCUUAUGUAGCCAUCAGGAAGUAGAAUUAAAUCAGAAAGAGAAGACAAAUACCAUAGGACAUUACUCCUAUGUGGAAUCUUAAAUAUGACACGAAUGAGCUGAUCUACGAAACAUGAACAGAAUCAGGGAGACAGAGAAUAGACUUUUGGUUGCCAAGGGGGAGGGUGAUGGGAGAGCGAUGGGGUGGAAUCUGGGAUUAGCAGACGCAAACUAGGAUAUACAGGAUGAAUGAACCAUGGGGUCCUACCAUACAGCACAGGGAACUAUAUUCAGUAUCCUGUGAUAAACCAUCAUGGAAGAGUAUGAAAAAGAAGGUAUAGAUGUAUAACUGAGUCACUUUGCUGUACAGCGGAAAUUAACACAACAUGUGUAAAUCAACUGUACUUCAAUAAAAAUAAAUUCAAAAAAAGGUCAGGUUGAUACAGAGGUCUGUGUGGGAAAUUCACUGCAACAGUCAGUGCUCCUACCCAGGUUCACCCUUCUCUCUUUUUCCUGCAAUUAAUUUUAGCAGAAAAAGAUGUUAUCUUGGGAUUUCCUACCAAGAAAAUUUCUAAGACUUAAGUAUAUGGGCCCAGGCCAGAUACUCUUCUGUCUUAAAUCCAAAAUCAAGACUUGUGAUGCUAAAUAACCACCCAGCUGUUGUUCAGUCACUAAGUCAUGUCCGACUCGUU